AUGCGUGCUCGUCGAGCUGCUGGUGCACAUACAUCUCAAGAAAGUUUAGUUAGAGAUUCAAGUUCAGAUGUUAGUCCUCGAGAUUCAGCAAGAUCAGCAAUUGCUGAUCGACGUCGUCAACGACGUGCACAACAAUCUCCACAUACUCAACAACAUGAUAAUCCAGCAUUUCAUGAAGAUGAACGACCACUACCACCACCAAUUGAACGUGACGAUGAUGAAGAAGAAGAAAAUAUUCAAAAUGCCGAUCGACUUGUAUCACAUGUAGCCAAACAACAUCGUCGAAUUGUAAAUGAAGUUCAACAACAAAGUAAAAAAUCCAAAAAAAGAACUCAUACAUCGGAUGAUAUUGAUAAUGAUCAAAAUGAAUUAAAUGAUCAAAUACGUGAACAACAAGAAAUACUUUCGAAACGUAUUGGUGAUACAGAUGAUGAUCAACCUUCACAUAUAGAAGAAGUACCACGACCAACUGAAACAACACGUGGCAAAUCGUUAGAACAACUUUUAGAAAUGGCAAAAAAAUCAAGAUUUAAUAAAUCAACUGAUGAUGAUCAACAAACAACGAUGAGUACUUCGCGUCGUUUUGGUACGGGUAGUGAAUUAAAACUUUCAAAAAUGAUACGUCAGCAUGAAACAAAUCUUGAUGCAUCACAAAUGCUUUCACCGAAUGCAGGAGAUCGUUCAACACGUUUUGAUUAUGAAAAACAAAGAGAUGAUACUGUACGAAAUGAAAUUGAUGAAAAACAAAAAGGUCGAACAAAUCGAUGGCAAGAAAUAAUUAAACAUUCAACGAAUAUUCCAAUACUACCAGCGGAACGGGAUGAUUUUUUUCUUAAAGUUUGGCCAACGGAAAAACCUGAACAACAAACAGAUUCAACUCCUACUAAUCGAAUAACAACAGCAGAUAAUAUUGUUGGAGAAGAACCAAAAACAACCGAUACAACUGCACCAAUUGAUGAUCCAACUUCUGUUCGAGAUAAAAAUUUACCAGAAGAUCAACAACCACUUUUACCUAUGUUUGGAGAAAUACAACCAGCUCAAUAUCAACGAGCAAAUAUAAUAUUAGAUGAAGAUGACCGACGUGAAUUUGAAAAAGAAAAAUUUAAAGUUGUUACUGCUCAUCCAUUAAGUCUUCAAGAAAAACUUGGAGAUGGAAUAAUCGAACCACGUUCGCUUGAAGAAGAAGGCAUAUUUGUUGGUAAACGACCUAUUGUACCAAUUAAUUUAAUACAUCGAGCAGAAACACGAAUACUGCAAGAAUGUAAAACAGAUAAUAAACCAAUUAGUCGUUGGUUUGGACCUGAUGGAGCAAUUAUUUCAUUACCUGAUCCAACUAAAUUUGUACCGACACGACCACUUAUUGAUGAUCUCUUUGAUCCUGUAUUAGAAAGAGAAUUUUAUAAGGCUUAUAAAAUUGAUAGUGAAAGUGGCAUAUCAAGUGAUCCUAUUGGUGCUGAUCGUUAUCGUCUAGAUAUCGAUUUAGGUACAAUAACAUUUAUUCAUCAUCAUCUUAUGAGUAUUGAACAUGUCUUUGCAAUGAAAAUGAAACAAAUGUAUGAACAUUAUACUGUUCGAACACAACAGCAUAUUGUUCAACAACUUUCAGAUAAAAUUAAAGCUUUAAAAAGUGCAGAAAACAAUUGUCGAACAUUAUAUGAACAAAAUCGAUAUUCUGAUUCUUCCUUACCUGAAGAAUUACGCAAUCGAUUAAUUAAUUAUCAAAGUGAACUUCGUCAAACACGUAAUCAACGUUGUAAUGAAAUGAAACUUGAUCGGCAAUUACUUCAACGUUUAUUAGAUACAUGGAAAAAAAUUAAAGAUAUUCGUCGUCUUAAUAGUUAUACAACAACACCUGUUAAACUUUUAAUAAAACAAAAAUCUGGAAAGAAAACAAAACAUUAUGAACAAAUGCAACAACAAAUUGAAGAAGAAAUUGAAGAUGAAAUUGCAUUAGCUAAUGAACAAUAUCAACAUGAAAAAGAUGUUUAUGCACAAAUAGUUAAAAAAAGAAAAUUACAAACAAUACGAAAAAAAGAAGCACGAAAACGUUUGAAUGAAAAACGUGAUACUGAUUUAAAAACUGGUGGUGGUGAUGGUAACUACGAUCAAGAUUAUAUAUCAGUUAUUAAUGAAGAAGAUAUUAUUGUACCGGAAAAACCAGAACCUCGUAAACCAGAUGAAAUUCGAACAACAAUAUUAACUAAAUAUCAAAAUGCUCUACGACCUUCAGACGAACCUGAAAUUCUUCUUGAAUUAGUUUAUUCUGAACAAGUAUCUACAGAUUCCGAAUGUACUGCUCGUGAACGAGCACGUCGACAUCAAGUUCAGACUGCUUCAAAUAUUUGUGCUCGUAUUUUAAUCAAUGGAAAACUAAUGACAGAUACACCAACUGUACCAUUAACAAGUGAAUUCGAAGCACGUUUUAGUCAAAUAUUUCCAUGUUAUGUUGUUCGUACACCAGAAACAAUUAAAAUUGAAUUAUAUGAAUCUUCUACACGUUUUCGUUCACCAUUAGCUGAACUUUAUUUACCUAUUCCUGAAGCAACUGUCACAACGGAAAACUAUAAAUUACAAGCAUUCGAAUUUAGUUCAAAUAUUUUACGACAACCUAAUCCAAAUCAAACAUCAGCUAUCGGCGCCGGAAUUCCUGUACCAAUACAAAUCGAUGAUAAAGAACGUAUAUAUCUUAAUAUUGAAGGUAUAUUAAAUGCCAGUGUAGCAUGGAGUGUACAAGAUGGUGUUGUACUUGUACCACCAGAUUAUCCAACAUCGAAAGCAUUUCAAAAUCGACAAAUGGCAGGUGGUAUUCGACAUGAUAUAAGUAUGCAAGCAGUUAAUUUAAGUAAUAUGAAAAAUUUAAUUGAAUGGAUUAAACAAUCAAAUCUUGAUCCAUAUGAUCCAGAAAAUGCUUUUCUUAUUAAUCUUAUGAAAGAUUAUAUGGGUACACGUGGUGAUACACGAUUUGAAAUGAAUGCUUUACAACAUUUUCGUUUAUGGAUUGAUGAAAGUGAUGAAACAGAUCAACAAAAAAAACAAAUGGAAAUAGAUAAUUCAUUAAGAUUUAAAUUAUUACAAGCAAGAAAAGAAAAUAUACCAGAUUUUAGAGAUAUUAAAAAUGUACCACCAUAUGAUUAUCUUGUUCGAAAAGAUCAUGCAGUUUUUAAAAAUUUUAUGGCUCGUCAACAAGAAACUGCUGAUGCUGAUAGUAUUGAACAGCAAUUUCAAGGUAAACGUCAAAUACGUAUUGAUGCUGUUCGAAGACAAGGUGAACGACAAUUACGAAAAAUGAGAGAACAAGUUUUAGCUCGUUUUACACUUACAACAACUCGAAAAUCUUACCAUGAAAUGGUUAUCGAAGAGACUGUUCCAAAUAUUCAAGCACUUCGCGGAAUCUUAUCUAAUUUAUAUAUUGAACCAACACGUCCAUUAUAUCCUGUUCGACGUCGUACUGAACAAAAGAAAGUCACGAAUCUAUCAAUAGCAGCUAAUCGAGAUGUAUUUAUUUUGGUUAAUUUAAUUGGUGCUAUAGAUUUACCUAUUCGACGUGAUACAUUUGAAAAUGAACGACAAAAAUCAUCAACUCGAGCAAAAUUAACUACAGAUCGAACGGUAAAUAAAUAA